GUGUGUGUGUGUGUGUGUUGUCAUGAGGACGUGGUCAUGUGAUCAGCUGAUUCUCAGUCUGAACUCAGACGUCCGUCUCAUCAUCCAGCAGCCUGAGCACACCAACACACGUGUGAUGGAGCGUAAACUGGAUCUGUCGCGUCUGUCGGACGAAGAGGCCAAACACGUCUGGGAGGUGAUUCAACGAGACUUCAACCUCCGAAAGAAAGAAGAGGAGCGGCUCGGUGAUUUGAAGACUCAAAUCCAGAAGGAAGACACAAAGCGAGAGCUGCUGGGGUCUCAGAGUCAGCUGUCCGAGUCUCACUGUAUCCGCUGCCUGCAGCCCUUUAAGUUCCUGGUCAACAGUAAACGUCAGUGUCUGGACUGCCACAUGUACACCUGCAAGUCCUGCAGCCGCUACAACAAGAAGGAGCACGGCUGGGUGUGUGACAACUGCCGCAUGACCAGGGUGCUGAAGAUCGGUACUGUGGGUUGGUACCACGACAACGUCAGGAAUCGCUUCAAGCGCUUCGGCAGCGCGAAGGUGAUGAGGUCACUGUACAAGAGGCUGAACGGAGACGGUGGUCGUGAUGACGACACUCAGAGUAUGCCAGACGUCCGCAGCAAUGUGUAUAACGGGAUGGAGGAUGACCACGGAGAAGCAGAGGUUCAGCACUACAAAGUGAUGAGGAAGAGCAAACGUCUGCUCUCUGUUCAUCCGUUGGAUUUCGACCCCGAAGAAUAUUUCCCGUAUUCGCGGCGACCGUCUGUACAAAUUCUGGAGGAUCGAGGCUACAGGAAUGAUGUGGACUACGACGUGUACAACCAACGAGCGAACCGCAGGAAGAGUCUGGACCGAUACGCCAUGAGACCUGGUAUGUGUACAAAUACACACACAAUGAACGAGCUGAACAAACGCAUGUCGGCCAUCGAGAGUCUGCUGAACCGCCUGGAGGAGAAGAUGACGCCUGCUGACGAGACGUUGACUCUGUCCGGUCACAACGAGGAGGAGAAGCUGAGGAGGAAGCUGAGCGAGCUGGCGGGGAACCUGAGCGAUAAGGGAGCGUCGUCAGACGAAGAGGCCGGAAAGAAGACCUCUUCUGCGGGUAAAAGUCUGGCCGGCGUCAGGGGCGGCCCGGUCCUGAACCUGGACUCUCUGAAGGACAAAGAACUGAGCUCAUCCAGCGAUGAGAUGCCCACCGAGGCUCAGAAGAGAUCGACUGCUGCCGCCCUCUGUGACCUCACCACUGAGGUCCUGAGAACCAUUAAUGCCACAGAAAACGCAAUGGUCGAGUACGGCCUCUCAGAGCCGGUCGACAGAACCCACUUAGUAGGGACUGACGUUAAGCAGGCAGAUGAUGCUUUCAGGGAACUUGAGGAAAAUGUGUACAUGGCGGCCGGUCAGUCCUACGAGCUCGAGACGAAGCUGCGACGACUCGAAAAGGGCGCCAAGACUCGGUUCGGGGGGGCGACGGACUCGGAGCUGUCGGAGCUGGAGGACGUGGUGACUCGGACCGCCGCCCGAGUCCAGAGCGCCGAGAGCGAGGCGUCUGAUAUCGAGACGAAGAUCGCAGCUCUGAACGCUGCCGGAUCGAAGAAGGUUUUUGGAUCUCAGAGGAAAAAAGCGACACAAGAUUUCUGCAAGGGCAGUAACGGAGCUCAGCGGAAGUCAAACAUGUUCUGAAGCUCAAACUUCUUUUCUUUCUGCUGAAUCAUCACAUUCUUCUUUGUGUGAUGAAGACAUGUUUUAAUUAUUUUUCUGUCAAAUAUUUAAAAAAUAUGUGAAAACAAAAAUCCUCCUUAAAAAAA